AUGGCCGCGCAAGUUACUCCUUCCAAGCAGGCUGCGUCCUCUCUCGAGAACCUCAAGAUGAGCGAUUCACCUGUGAAGAAGCUCAACUUCGGGGUUGCGGGCAAGGAAAACGCGCCGUCGUCCACAACCCUCGCCGACGCGCCGGCCGAAAAGAUUACGGAAAAGCCUACGGAAGCUUCUAAAGUUGCCCAGAGUAUAAAGGAGCUCGAGGCAAAUGAGCCGCUGCUUCAAGAGAACCCUCAUCGCUUCGUACUCUUUCCAAUCAAGUAUCAUGAGAUUUGGCAAAUGUACAAGAAAGCCGAAGCUUCCUUCUGGACCGCUGAGGAGAUUGAUCUCUCCAAAGAUCUGCACGACUGGAACAACCGCCUGAAUGACGAUGAGCGUUACUUUAUCUCUCAUGUCCUUGCCUUCUUCGCUGCCUCUGACGGAAUCGUCAAUGAGAACCUGCUGGAGCGCUUCAGCAAUGAAGUGCAGGUGCCUGAGGCUCGGUGCUUUUACGGUUUCCAGAUCAUGAUUGAGAAUAUUCAUUCGGAGACAUACUCCCUGCUGAUUGAUACAUACAUCAAGGAGCCUAAGCAGCGGACAUACCUCUUUGAUGCCAUUGAUACCAUUCCUUGUAUUGCCAAGAAGGCCCAAUGGGCCAUGACAUGGAUCUCGGAUAAGGAAUCUACUUUCGCGCAGCGCCUUGUGGCCUUCGCCGCUGUGGAGGGAAUCUUCUUCUCUGGAUCUUUUGCUUCCAUCUUCUGGCUGAAGAAGCGUGGAUUGAUGCCUGGUCUCACUUUCUCCAACGAGCUCAUCUCUCGUGACGAGGGACUGCACACUGACUUUGCCUGCCUUCUGUUCUCUCACUUGAACCAUCGCCCCGACAAGAAGGUUGUUGAGGAUAUCAUCGUUGAGGCUGUGGCCAUCGAACAGGAGUUCUUGACAGACGCUCUUCCUGUCGCUCUCCUGGGCAUGAACUCUAAGCUGAUGUGCCAGUACAUUGAGUUCGUUGCUGACCGGCUGUUGGUCGCCCUCGGUAACAAGAAGUACUACAACUCUCCCAACCCUUUCGACUUCAUGGAAAGUAUCUCUCUUGCAGGAAAGACCAACUUCUUUGAGAAGCGUGUUGGUGACUACCAGAAGGCCGGUGUCAUGGCCAGCACCAAGAAGGAUGCCAGCCAGGACACUGCAAAGGACGCCAAUGAUGGAGGUCUCAGCUUUGACGAAGACUUCUAA